AUGGUACAACAACAGAGAUCACCUAUAUUACAUCCAUCAACAUCAACAACAUAUAAUGGAGGAUCAAUGCCAAAUUCACCAAGUCUAUAUCAUCAACAACAACAACAAAUAGAUAAUCAACAACAACAUCAUCAUCCACAUCAUCAUCCAAAUGGAUGUAAAGACUCUGUAGAUCAUCGAUCGUCAGUUGACGAAAGCUCAACAGCACAAACACCAAUAGCAUCGACAAAGUGGAAGAAAGUACUAUACGAGCCUCAACCAUAUCCAGAUAACUACACAGACGAAACAUUCCUCAAAGAGCUGAUACAGAAUGCCAACUUCAUUAAAUAUGACUUCUGGAAGAUAGUAUUCGACAGCUUCACCGUUACACAACAGAUAACAUCUGUUAUACUCUUUGUCAUUGUAUUCUUCCACGCGUUGAAGAGCACAUGGACACUCUCAUCCCUUGUCAGUAUGGCAAUGGGUAUGCUUGUAGUAGGAUACAUACUUAUCAUUUGGAUCGAUCCAACAUCAGACUUUUACUCAAUCAAGGAUAGUCUAUUACAUGUUAUAUUACUGUUUGGAACAGUGUAUGGACUGUCACCUGUACUGCGAACACUGACCAAUUCAUUCAGCGAUGAUACUAUAUGGGCAUUGACAUUCAUAUUACUGUUGGCACACUUAUUCUUCCACGACUAUGGCUACACCAACAAUGACUGCACUGUGUUCAAUGCACCCAUUUCACUCAAUGCGGCAAUCUUUGCCUCUGUCCUCCUAAGCUCAAGACUACACUCCAACAUCCAUGUGUUUGUCCUCAUCACCUUUGCCAUCCAGAUGUUUGCCCUCUUCCCAAUCGUCAGACAUCAUAUUAAGCGCCACUCACUAGAGUUCCAUUCUGGAUUGACUAUUGGCUUGUGUGUAGCGUGCACCGUGCUACUCUCGCACAUGAGUACUCUGUUGACAUUCAUCUACAUUGGAAUCAUUGGAACCAUUACCUUUGUUUGUCCACUCUGGCUAAUCUUUAUCCAGAAAUACAAGAAUGAGAUCAAUGGACCAUGGGACGAAGCAUCGGUUAUAUCCCAGAGUGGAGGAGAGUUCUAA